CCGGAUGUUGAUAAUCACUACGUGAAUCCUACAAACCACGCUGCUGCCGCAGCAAUGGACGCUUUUGAACUGUUUAAGAAACUCGGGGCCGGAGCUAAAUUUGACUUAAAGAGAUUUGGCCAAGACGCUGCUCGGUUUAAGGUGGCCAGAUCUCAGGGUGGGGAACUAUCGCUGGAUUCCCUUUCUGGGAUCAACUACUUCGGCCCAGGGGCGGCUAAUGGAGUCCAGAGCUGGAGCCAAGGAGAGAAUGAAGAGGAGAAGAAAGACUGUGAGAGCAGUGACAGUGAAAACUCAGAGGAGGGUGGCAAAAGAAAGCACAAAGUGCAAGAAAAAGACGUAAAGCAGAAAAACAAGAAAACUAAAAUCAAUCAGGUGGAUGAGAAAGGUUAUAAAAGGCCGCUGAAUGAGACCCAGAAAGGUGGCAUCACCUGGACUUCCUCCCUGGACAGAAAGAUCCAAAACCUACAGAAAGAUGGGGAAGAGAAAUCUUCGCUUAAGAGGCUGAAGCAUCUUCAUCAGGAGAAGGUGAAUCGUAUCCGCGCACAGCACCGUAUAAAUGUCCAUGGCAGUGAUGUGCCUGACCCAGUUUGCUCAUUUGAGGAGCUUCAGUCUGAGUAUCAUAUCAACCCGCGCGUCAUCCAAAACCUCAAGGAAGCAGGACUAAACACGCCAACACCGAUACAGAUGCAGGCCAUACCCCUCAUGAUGCAUGGUCGGGAGUUGUUAGCCUGUGCUCCUACAGGAUCUGGAAAGACUUUGGCCUUCUCUCUUCCUCUGCUCGCUCACCUGCAGCAGCCAGCAAACUUGGGCUUCAGAGCUCUGAUUAUCUCUCCAACCAGAGAACUGGCCAGCCAGACCUACAGGGAGCUGCUGCGCCUGUCGGAGGGCGUCGGCUUCAGAGUUCAUAUCAUUGAUAAAGCUUCUCUGGCAGCUAAGAAAUACGGUCCGCAGUCCAAUAAAAAGUAUGAUAUACUCGUCAGUACUCCAAACAGACUGAUCUACCUUCUCAAUCAGGAUCCUCCAGGAAUCAACCUGAGCAGUGUGGAGUGGCUGGUUGUUGACGAGUCUGAUAAGCUUUUCGAGGACGGAAAGACGGGCUUCAGGGAGCAGCUGGCGACCAUUUUCCUUGCAUGUUCCAACGCUAAGGUGCGCAGGGCUUUUUUUAGCGCUACUUGUACGCAAGAGGUGGAACAGUGGUGCCGUCUGAACCUUGACAACCUGGUUUCUGUAAACAUCGGACACAGAAAUGCAGCAGUGGAGACGGUGGAACAGGAGCUGCUGUUCGUCGGGACAGAGAACGGGAAGCUCGUGGCCAUGAGGGACCUCAUCAAAAAAGGCUUCCUGCCUCCCAUGCUGGUGUUCGUUCAGUCCAUAGAGCGAGCGCGGGAGCUCUUCCACGAGUUGGUGUACGAAGGCAUCAAUGUUGACGUGAUCCACGCCGAACGCACGCAGCAGCAGAGGGACAAUGUGGUGAACAGCUUUCGUUCGGGUAAGAUCUGGGUGCUGAUCUGCACGGCUCUGCUCGCCAGAGGAAUCGACUUCAAAGGUGUCAACCUGGUGCUGAACUAUGACUUCCCGACCAGCGCUGUGGAGUAUAUCCACAGAAUCGGUCGUACGGGAAGGGCAGGACAUCGGGGGAAGGCCAUCACUUUCUUUACGGAAAACGACAAACCAUUGCUGCGGAGCAUUGCUAAUGUUAUUAAACAAGCUGGGUGCCCUGUACCGGACUACAUGAUCGGCUUCAAAAAGAUCCACAGCAAAGUAAAGCGAAGACUAGAGAAGAAACCUCCUAAGAGAGACACCAUUUGCACAACUCCUCGCUUCCUCAUGAAGAAGAAAGCCAAAGCAGAGAAAAAAGGACAGAAGAAAGCGUCAAAGGAAAAAGGAGAAAAUGACCCACCGACAGCACAACAGCAGGACAAGAAGAAGAAGAAAAAGAGCGGAAAGGCUCAAAAAGGACAGAAAGAAGGAAAUCCCAAAGAAUUAGUUCAAAAAAAGGGUUCAAAGUCAUCUGGAGCCAAAUUGAAAAAAAACAGAGCCUGAGGAACGCAUCAAAGGUGAAGACAAAAGAGGCUGCAAGCAGGCUGAUGGUUAACAUUCUAGGUAUUUUAUUUUAUUUUUUUCCACAGUUGUGCUUUGUAUAAUAAGAAUAAAGAAAAACUUUUAUACAUAGUCAUUUUUUCAUUCUUUAAUUCUUUAUUAGAUUGUUCAUCACAGAUAAACAUUCCCUGCUAAUAUUGUCAGUUUAAACUGGUGUUUAACGCUAUAGGUGUUUCUGCAAAUUAGAGUAUCACUGAGAAGUUUAUUUCAGUCAUUUAGUUCAAAAUGUUACAUUUAUAUAUUAAUCAUACUAAAUCUUUCAAAUAUUUUAUCCGUUGCUUUAGAUUAUCAGGGCUUAAAUGUCAAACCCCAAACUAAGUUACGUGUAAUUACUGCAAAGCUUGCUGUUUAGGGCGUUGCAGGCACAUUAAAGAGAAAUUGGGGGGAGUCAUGCAGAUCUACGGCCUACAGAGGUAAUGCAAUGCCUUAUUUAUGUGAUGUUUCACCUUUUCAAAUAAACUUUUUUUUUAUGUUACCGAUUUA